AUGAAAAUUACGGAUCUGAAGACUUUCGUUGAGACGAAAUUGUUAUCGAAGUCUGAUAAAGCUUUGGAAAAAAUCGGACAAGAGGAACAAAAGCCUUUAGGCCAAGUCUCGGUGGGUUCAAGGCGAAUUCUAAAUGUACUCCAAGACUAUCAUCGGAGUUUAGAUACGGGGGAUGAAAAUCUCACAAGGCCUCAAUCUUCAAUUUCCAGAAUGUUUGAGAUACCGAGUAACUUAGUCAAAGGAAAAAGUAUGCCUAGUCUGAGCUGUAUUUUAGAUGAACUAACCCAAGGGGGGUAUAUUGACGAAAGCCACUGGGAAGUGAAAAGAGCGGGGAAAUUCUCGUCAUCGCAGCCCAUGACCAACCCGAUAAUAACCGUUACUGAACAUACACCAACGCCAUCUCCAGAUUAUUUAAAAAGACAGGGAUCCAUGGAUAGUCAAUUAGACGUUGCAAGCUUAUCGGGAAGUAAGCUGGGCAACUGGCAGGAACGAAAAGCAAGCUUAACUCGAUCUCAAACUGAUUCUAACAUUACCUAUGCAGGAGAAGAUGUCCCUGAGGCACCAGGAGCUACUUGCUACAUCACUAAAGACGGCGACAUAGAUUUACAAGUAGUAUUGCAGGCUGUUCACAGGACGUCUUUAAGAGACAACGCAUCAUGCACUUUAAGAGUACUAGAAGUAAUAUUAAACAUCAUAGAACUAUUAAUGGACAUGGGAGUUCUGAAGCAAUGCUUAAAAGACGAAGCAAUGGGUAGUACGGCUUCUCAACAAGAAACUGCAAGCCCAGAUAAGAGAACAGGAAAAAUGCCCUCGAGUACUACCCAAGGAUCAAUUGGUGUUGGAGCAGAGUCCGAGAAAAAUAAACCAGUGUCCUCACACAGGCUUAUUAUGAACAUCAUAAUAAGGGUUUUGAAACACUUAGGCUGUCCUCAAGGAUGUUCGGAAGGUCACAGAGGACCGCCUGCCGAAUUUAUGAGGACUCAAUCGCAAAACAUUUUAGUGAAAUUGAACAGAGCAAGUCCAAAACAGUUCAAGAGUUUUCUUAAAGAUUACGUGAAAUAUCAACCACUGCCGGAAGUUAUGGAUCUGUUUCAUUCAUAUGUGGGAUAUUGUAUUGAUCCAAGUUCUCUUUUGUCACCUCUGAACCAGAAGAGGGGCUCUGGAAAAUCACAAGACACAGUAUCGCAAGGUGGUUAUGCUACCAACUUUGGCACAGGCCUUGGGGGUGGUGGAAUACGAGGAAUCGAAAGUACCAUCGUGUCGCAUGUCUUCAAACCACUGGUUACAAGGUUCGUCGAGUCUGCCAAGGAAGUGAGAACUCCGGAUAGCAUAUCCGCAUACUGCGAAAUAAGACAAUUAAUGACUUAUGUUAAAGAAGGUCAUGGAAGUAUAUUUAGAAGAGUAGCGUUAAGUGCUUUAAUAGAUACUGCGGAUAGACCUACCAAGAAGGAAGUCAACAUUCAAACGACUAGAGUUAUAAGACACAUGCAUCACUCUGAAAUAGAGGAACAAGUGGACGCUCCUACAGAUACUCAAUCCUAUACUGAACAAGAUAGAGGGACAAGAAAAUCUUUAUUUAAAAAAAGAAGUACAUCAUCCACGUGCCCUAGUUUGCUAGAAACAGAGGCUGAAGAGAUGGCAAAAUCUAGUCAAAGUCCUCUUGGAAAUAUAAGAAAGAAACAUCACAUUUUGACACCAAGACAAAGUGAGAGAGCAUUAGGCAUAGCGCUUGAACCACAGUUGUCCAUAAAAUCAAAGAAAUCCAAACUUGGGGGACUAGUAAACUGGUUUAAAAAAGGAGAAAGCUGUUCAGUUGACGAACUAGAAAAUGUUGACAAUGGCGAUUCUUUUACUGAUACUUCAAGUUUUCUAAGACAGCCUUCAAAAUUCUAUCAACAAAAAGAUUCCAAUAGAAGUAAUGUCAGUCAAAGCAUUCAAAAAGCAAAACGCAAGAUGGAAGACAAGUUUAAAUUUGUACUGAAGAAAGGUAAAAAGAAAGAUGGCAGUCAAGAAGAAUCAGGUGGUGGAUAUUUCAGCAGGAAAAACUCUAUGGAAUUUGGAGAAACUUCCAGAGAAUCUGAAUUCGUGAUUUUAAAAGAACGAAAAUUGGUUUCAACUUCUUUGGUAUAUCAAGGAGUUUCCAGACUUUCAUUUCUUCUAGAAACAUGUCCACCUGGCUCUGUACCAGACGCACAUCUUAUAGCCUCAGUUUUAGAUUUGCCUCACUCCACCGUGGUCGCUAAGGCAGCAAUACUGUUGGAAUGUGCAUACUUUGUGCAUUGUUGUAACAAAAAUCAGUGGCCAUCUUGGAUGAAGUAUAAUAUCCCAGUAUACAGACCAUCUGGGCCUCUACCAGCUCGUGGAAGUAAUAGUACUGGAUUAAGACGGUCCCAUAUUAUGCAACGAGCAGCUGGGAAGAUGUUUUACCAAUGGGCGGAAAUAAUUGGCCAAAAACUUGAGGAGUUUAUUAUCGAAGAUAAAACAUUGCAGCCUGAAAUAAUCGAGAUGGUUACUGAUGAACAAAAACAAAAAGAACUGUUAAUUCAGGACGAAGAAGAAGAUUUCUUGGACGAAGCAAGUAUAAAUACAUACGGAUCUUCUUGCCCGAUGGCACUACGAUUGAUUGCAUGUGUACUCUUGCAAGAAAUAACUUCAUUUUUACGCGAAACCUAUCAAACUCUACCGAAAAGUUCGAGAGUCAUGGAAAAAGGAAAACCAACUCCUUGGGAAAAACUGUACAGCAGAGAUGCUAACAGAAGGUGGAGUAUGGCUCUUUCAUCAAUGGGUCAUUCCCAAACUUCAGCUCAAAGUCUACAGUCCAUCGCAGGCGAUAGAGAUUGUGGUCAAACAGGCGAAAGAAAGAUAAGUUUCGUCCUCCAUGAACCUGAUAAUGAAUCAGAAGGCAGUAGCAACACCACGGUAACCAUGCAGGCUUUCCUACAAGGAGAAGAUGCCAAACGUCAACAGCAAUCGAGACCUUCUUAUAUUUUGAGGCGAGGAACAGCAGCACCAACUGGUGGAUCAUUUAAAAGAAGAAGUUUGAAAUUGAGAAGAGGAACAAAGGAAGGAAUGGAUGUGGAAUGGAAAGUCCAAGAGACUGUAAAACGCACAGAUUCCAUUCAGUCUAAAAGGAAAGUAAGUUCAAUAUCUGAUCGAAGUGACACAUCAGAACCUGGAGCCGCAGGUGAAGCUAGUGGUGAGGAAUCGCCAGGAGUUUUAAGUGAUGAACAGCCGCCAGAAAGUCCUAGUGAUAGCAACGAUACAGACGACACCUCAAAGCAUAUGCCUUGGAUGAAGACAAUGAUUCUAGUUUCGAAUUCUUUCUAUUAUUAUUGUUCUCAUCAAACAUUUUGUCACCCAUUUUGCUACAGAAGAAUAAUGAGGGCUUGUAACAGACUUGUCAAAGCUGCUAGAAAAGUAUACGGAGAAGAAUUUGGAAUUUUAGAUGACAGACUUUGUAUGGAUUUUAGUGGAAAGAAGAAAAAUAAAAAAGAUAAAGGACAAAAUAGAAAAGUAUCCGAUCAAACUAGUUCCACAGUGUCUCCAAUUAGAAGAAAAGACAGUGUGGGAAAGAAAGACAAGAUUGAUAAAAGUAUGGAGGGUGGUCAGCUUGGUAAAAUGUUUUGUAAAGAUUCUUCAAGGGACAUCGCCGAUUCUGAUCCUGGUUCUGAAGCAAAACCAACGUCCGAGAAAAAACCUGAAGAACCACCUCCAAUUUUAAAAUAUAUUAAGACACAAGUAAAAGAGGCAUUCCACUCUCCUUUAGCUGUACUGCUAAAAGGAGCGGUGAUACUUACCGAAGAACAUUUUCUCGAUAUUAUACCGGUAGCUUGGGAAUUACUUCUUGAGCCGAAUCAAGAGGUGACUGCAUGUGCUGCUUCUAUAUUUAUCUUAGGAGCUGUAAGAGCGCCUCAACAAGUAUCAGAUGUAAUGCAACAUGGACUGUCACACCAUGACUGCGCUGUCCGAAUAAAUGCUAUCUUAAGGUUUCAAGUUUUGUGGAAGAUGCGAUAUCAGGUAUGGCCAAGGAUGGAAGAAAAUGCACAAAUGCUAUUUAAAGUGCCACCACCUGGCAUUGAAUUUACUUUACCAUCCCCAAAAAUUGGUAUAGAGUCCUUAGAUGUAGUAGAUUCUCCUUGGGAAUUAUUAGUCAAAACAAAAGUUGAAGAAGUAACCAUUAAUCAGGAAAGACACAGAUCAUUGGUAACAGCUACUAAAACUAGAAAGAAACAACAGACGGAGUUGAUAAAAAUGGCGUUACAAGCGCAAGAUGAUAAGAAGAGGGAGGAAAGAGAAAACUUUUUGAUAACUACAAUUCCUAUUACCAUUCAAGCUGCUCACGAACCUAGCCUGUACCAUACUGGGGAAGAACACGAAGAAGUGGAUGAUGAACAAGCUGAUGGUCCACCAAGAAAUACUGGCCACCAUCUACAUUCUGCUCAUUCAUUGUUUCCUUCAUGCCUUUGUUCAGCGGUAGUUCAAAUAAUUAAUCUUCUAGAUGACGCUGCUGUCUCUGCAGAUGGUAAUGCAGUUUACGAAGUUGCUUAUCAAGUAAUCUGGACCUGUUUGGUAGAAGAUAGUGCUCUAUUUUUAAGAUAUAUUCUGGAAAGACUAACCAGAGAAAAACAAGAAUUGAUGUUUAAAAUACUGAGACAUUUGAUUAGAUUCAUACCGAAGCUACCGCAACAAGCUGCAUUCGCUUUAUACAAUUAUAUCAUUGGCUAUGUUAUGUUUUACGUAAGAACUCCACAUGAAGAUGGACAAAAAUUGAUAGGAGCUGCGUUAUCUCUUUUGUGGAUGGUUGUUCAUAGCGUUCAUGGUAUUAUGUUCAAAGAUCUCAAACAAAUUUUAAGAAAAGAACAGUGUGAUGCUUCCAUAUUGCUAACUGCAAAUGUUCCGUCUGCUAAAAAAAUUAUUGUACAUGGUCCGCAAGAUCCAGAUGCUGGUGGUAUACCAUCUCAAUUUCCUGUUCAAGAAGAUACCCAGUUUUAUCAAAUAUUAAGAGAAUCUUUGGACUUUUUUGGUAUUGAAGAAAACAAGCAUAAGGAAUUCUUUUUGGUCGACUAUAAGACUCAUCAAAUUAGGAACCCAUCUUCCUACGUUCGAGACUAUUACUUUUUCAAAAGAUCUCAAUAUCCACAACUUGAGUUAGUUUAUAUGAAACCAGAUGUCGCUUUUAAUGCUCUCCAAAAGCAGGAGUUGCUACAUAAGUUUGUUGAAAUCGGAAAAGUGCUUCUUACUUGGGCUAUUUUAAAAAAUGUAGAUAUGGUAGUACAGAGGGUCGUAUUUUUGCAUGAAGAGUUGAUGAAAUUGCCAUCGUUUCCCAGAAAAGCUUUGGAGUCCGAUUUGGAUUUGUACAAGAGUGGACCAUUGGGAAAAGAAUUAUUAGGUCUUGAUGUUUUACAUAAAUUUAUGUGGGUGAGACUAAUUGCUAGAAUGUUUGAAGCGAUGGCAGGAAAUUUUGCCUAUUCCGGAGAUAUCCACCUAUUUGUUAACGUUCUUAAUGGGGCAUUAGUCCUUCAUUCUGAAGACGCCUGCAUUCUUAGAUACGUUACAGCGACGUACAUAAAUGCAGCUUUUCAUUUUAAGAAUAUAUUUUCAACUAACGGAUAUUUACUGAUAAUGCCCACACUAUUAAAAAUAUACUCCAAUCAUCAGACAAACAAACUUGUAACGACCACAAUUGAGUACGCAGUGAAACAAUUUUAUCUAAUGAAUAGAAAACCGUUUAUUCUUCAAAUGUUUGGAUCGGUGUCAGCCAUGUUGGAUACUGAUGAAGAAGGAACUUACGGAGAUGCGCACAAGAUCCAAUCCAGUUGCCUUUUUAACUUGUUGCUCAGUUUGGAGACACCCUCACCUGAUCCACUUAAUAUAGCUGAAUUGGUUAAGGAAGAUAAACCUUUAAAAGCCAUAGAUUUUUGUUACCACGAUGAAAAUGAAAUGGUGACUAUUUUGGACUGUAUCUCUAUGUGUGUUAUGGUGGUUUCAUAUUCUUCUGAGAGCGUUAGAGGGUAUCAAAUGCUUAUAAUUUUGGAGGCAAUUUUUCCCUGCUACGUAAGACAAAUUCAGCUUCCUACCUAUAACAAAGAAGGAAAGAAAGAAAAAGAUAUUAUAAACUUACUUGCCAUAUCCAUCAGAACUUUGGUAAAUAAUUCUGAAUCAUUGACUAAGCAUUUCUCUAGAAGCUACAACGGUCCUUACCGUUCGAGUCCAGAGCAUAAAGGUUCGAGUCAAAGGAACUACAGCAGAGGACCCUAUUCUCCAGGAUUCGAUUUCGAAGAUGAUUCUCACUCUAAAUUCAUGAGCGAACACUCAAGAGCAAAAAGCAUGUACGAACAUGACGUUGAAGAUUCUGAGGUCCUCAGAGCCGCAUACCGAAGACCAAGAGAUGUUCUAUUAAGUUUGGUAGGAGAGUUUGUUGCAAAAGCUGGAAGCAGAUUACAAGAAUUAAAUAAAAAGAAUAAUAAUGAUGGAAAAGUAGUCGAAUUAUUAGAUAUCAAAUCGCAUGUGCGAUUGGCCGAUAUAGCUCACACCCUUCUUAAAGUCUCUCCUUAUGAUCCAGAAUCUAUGGGAUGCAGGGGACUUCAACAUUAUAUGACGUAUGUAUUACCAUCGACUGAUUGGUCAAAUGAUGCUAUGAGGCCUGCUUUAGUUACUAUUCUCAGAAGACUGGAUAAAGUGUUUCAGAAAAUUUCAAAGAAACCAUCUAUAAGAAGAAACACUGAUUGGGAUGCGGCUGCAGGCUUGCUUAAAGGAAUCUAUGAUACUAUGGUUAAAUAUCUUUAUAUUAUCCAUUGGUCACAAAUAAGGGGACUUAUUAAUACUUGUCAGAGUUUAAUUGUCAGUGAUUGUUGUUCACAAGAAGGUGUAUCAAGUGCGACGGCUGCUCUUAUGAGCCAGGCACCACCACCACAUUUUUGUGCAAUGGUGGUACGACUGAUAGCUCUUCAAACUCAGAGUUACCAAGAUACUUGUACUACUUUAGAAACAGUGUGUGGAGGUAGUUCAGUAUUUCCAACUCAAGAUAAGACUGAAAGCAUGAUCAUAAAUUUAAUAAUGCCCCUAUGCUUAAGAGUAGGAUCUGGAAGAACAGACGUUGGUCAAAUGAAGCAAAGCGACAUAAGCUUCGCUUUGACGUUGGUUCUUCACGCAAUGAGUCCGCCAAAUACUAAAAAUUUGGGUCCAUCUGGAACUAAUGUCAAACCAACUGCUGAAAACCGCACCGGAAGUUUGACAUUUACCGGAACGAGAGACACCAAAACUUCUGCCAAAAUUAAUACUUCUUUGUAUCAAGUCGCUUUUCUUGCCUUGAAAAUAAUGGCUAUAUGUUUCGAAGGAGAACUCAUGGGCGAAUGGUCAAGAAUUGGGAGAACCAUGAGGGAAUUGGGUAAAAGAAAUGAAGCAGCAACUUUUGUUUGGGACUUUUUAGAUUUCGUGGUGACUCAUAGGACUGUAUUGUAUAUUUUGAUGCAACCAUUUAUAUUUCAAAAGUUGGCCCAACCGCCUAUUUCUGAUUUCGAACGCAAUAUGCACACCAAAAUAAGAAACAAAAUGCGCAGCAUCGGCUUACCUCUUUCAAAAAGUAGGGGCGCUUUGUUAGUCGAACUGGCACAUGAGAUGAAACUUUUAAAAGAAGAAUUGGAUGAAUCCACAGAAUCAUCGUCUGAGCCUAAAAAAGAUUCGACACCUACUUGUCAAAUGACUACAGAAGUAUCUGGUACACGCCAUCAACGACAUUCUCUAAUUGGGCUGUUCACUGGCGAUGGUCAUCAUCAAUCGAAAUCUGCGCCAACGCAUGAUGUCAUGCAUUCUCAAGUAAAAGAAUCUUCAAGCAGUCACAGUUCUACACCAAAUCAAGCGCCAAAUUUAAACGAGACACAAGAACCACCACCUAAUGGCCAGUCCACUCCUGGGACACAACCAGAUCGGUCCUCCCAAAGAUCUUCAGUGAGCGAUGACCACGGUCCUUUACCCAAAUCAGAAUCCCUUCUGUUCCAUAAAGCCCAUAAACUUCGUUUCGUAUCGUCCGUAGAAUUUAGACAUUCAUCAGGUGAAACUUCGACAACUCCUCUAAGUCCAGGGAGUCCUGCCGAAGACAGCUCCGGAGAGGUAUAUCCCAAUAAACCUAGGUUGCAAAGAAUAAAACCGCAGAGCAGAAAAACCUUUCGUAUAAGAAAGAGUAAGAAAACCAGACAAGCAGAGAUGGCUCAAGCUAAAUUAGAAGCAGAAGCGAGCUUGUCCAGUUUUCAACAUCAGGAUUCUGGGUCACCUCCACUUACACCUCCUGUCACCACCCAAUCUCAAGAGAUUAGCCAACAGUGCACCUCUACAAUACAAACUCAAACCGGUCAAAAAGCAGAAACACCGACACCGCAAAGAUAUGAGCCUCUAUCAGACUCUCAUCGCUUGAGGAUAGCAACUAGAUCGAAAGCUCCUGAAGGAUCUUGGGAUGAGGAUUCCGCUAUUUCUCAAACAUCUAGCACAUCCGGAUACAGAGAAUCCUACCCAGUGAUGCUUCUCAAGGAACCCUUAGAAUCUUCACCGAAGGCAUUUCCUCCUUUAGCUUCACCGGAUAUUCAAAGUUUGCCGUCCACUAGUAGUGCUACAAUGAAUAAUUUCAUGCUCAUAGAUAAUUCCUCGCCUGACUGUUCUCUCAACGAAGCUGGCGAAAAGACUGCCUUGCUGGCAUCUGGGGAAAAAUCUUCGUCGCAUCAGAGCUUGUUGAUGGUUUUUGAUGCGCAAGAUGAAAACACUCUGAUUUAA